UGCAGCUGUGCCGUUGGUGUGCAACAAUGGACACCCGCAGAUUUUAAUGAGCACUGGCAGUAAUAGCUUGAAGCGGAAGUCCCGCCUUCUGCUUCCGUCUAAUUCACAACAUUCAACAUGGCCGCCGCCACCACUUCCCUCGUUUCGUACGGCAGUGAUUCAGAUUCAGAAAAUGAGAAAGAAACGAGGAGUUCUACAGAAAAGGAUGACAGUAACGAUCCGGACGCCACCGCCCACCUUAAACCUUUACAUUCUGGACAAACAAUGUCUGUAGCCGUUCUCAAUUCUGCCCCUGAGGUCGCCGUCAAGGAAUCCAUUGAGACUGGCACACAUCUGGAUCCUGCGCUGAAAGAAGUCCCAUUCAACCCAACCUAUGAGACGUUGUUUGCACCAGAGUUUGGGCCAACAAACCCAUAUAAAACCCAGCAGAUGGCUGCCCCAAGAAACAUGUUGUCUGGCUACGCAGAGCCUGCUCAUGUCAAUGAUUUCAUGUUUGAACAACAAAGGAGAACAUUUUCCACCUACGGUUAUGCCCUAGAUCCCUCCGUUGACACACAUCAGACUUCAUCGACUAGUUACAUUGGUGCAGUAGACGAAGCUGAGAAAAAUAAAGGUUUAACUGUGUUUGAGAGUGGGCAAAAAAAAAUGGACAAGCGGAAACGGAUUAAAGGUGGAGAUGCUGGAGAAAUCGACAACUUUCUUGGACCCUGGGCAAAAUAUAUUGAUGAAAAAGACCUGGCUAAACCAUCAGAGGAAGAGAGGAAGGAGCUAGAAGAAAUUCUGGCCAAGAGGCAGAAGAAGGGAAGAAACGAAGAAGAGGCUCCAUCAGAGGAAAAGACUAUUCUGCACAUCAAAGACAUGUACGAUUACCAGGGAAGGUCGUACCUCCACGUUCCACAGGAUGUGGGCACCAACCUGCGCUCUGUAAAUGUUCCAGACAAGUGUUAUCUGCCAAAAAAACAGAUUCAUGUUUGGUCUGGACACACCAAGGGUGUCAGUGCAAUCCGUUUGUUUCCCAGCUCUGGUCAUCUGCUGCUCUCCUGCUCCAUGGACUGCAAAAUUAAAUUGUGGGAGGUGUACAAUGAGAGGAGGUGUAUACGAACAUUUAUUGGUCACAGUAAAGCAGUACGAGACAUUUGCUUCAACAACAAUGGGACUCAGUUCCUCAGUGCUGGCUAUGAUCGAUACCUGAAACUCUGGGACACAGAAACUGGCAAAUGCAUCGCACCCUUCACCAACAGAAAGGUUCCGUACUGUGUCAAGUUCAACCCAGAUGAGGACAAACAGAAUCUCUUUGUGGCCGGCAUGUCGGACAAGAAGAUUGUACAGUGGGACAUCAGAACGGGCGAAGUUGUCCAGGAGUACGACCGCCACCUGGGAGCUGUCAACACCAUCACCUUCGUUGACGAGAAUCGGCGCUUUGUUAGCACAUCGGAUGACAAGAGUCUACGUGUUUGGGAGUGGGACAUCCCAGUGGACUUCAAGUACAUUGCUGAGCCAAGUAUGCACUCCAUGCCAGCUGUGACACUCUCCCCCAAUGGUAAAUGGCUCGCAUGUCAGUCCAUGGACAACCAGAUUCUCAUCUUUGGAGCCCAAAACCGCUUCAGGCUGAACAAGAAGAAGAUCUUCAAGGGUCACAUGGUGGCUGGUUAUGCCUGCCAAGUGGACUUCUCCCCAGACAUGAGUUACGUGGUGUCAGGAGAUGCAGAUGGAAAGUUGAACAUUUGGGACUGGAAGACCACCAAGCUCUACCACCGAAUCAAGGCUCACGACAAAGUCUGCAUCAGCGCCCUGUGGCAUCCACACGAAACCUCCAAGGUUAUCACCUGUGGCUGGGACGGGCAAAUCAAGCUUUGGGACUAAAGUGUGUGUGUCAUUAAAAGAUAGAUGGAGGUGGUUUUUCCAAUUUACACUUUUUUUUUGUGAAAACCUACAGGACUGGUAUCCAGUCUUAUUGUGUCAGUGUCUGUCUCUCCCUGACAUCCAAAGCUAUGUACAAGUCUGGCUAAUUACAAAUGAUAAAAACACACCAGGAAAUAUUUUUUCUGAAACAAUACUAACAGAUCUGUGUAAUAAAUGUCUUUCUAUCCAUGUUUUGACAGACGACACAAUAAGCUUUUUAUAAUAAAUUGGUGUCUAACAGGCCUGACAGCAGACAGUCUCUCAACAGAGAAUCUUACUUUUGUUGUGUUGUUUCUGAGGAGUUCUGGAAUUAAAUGCCUUAUUCCAGAGCCCUGCUAGAAUUACAGAUGCAUUUUAUACUUGAGAGGUUUAUGACAUAGAUUUGUUUUUUUGUUUGCUUUUUUUUAUUAUUAAGUAUUACAUGUUAAAUUGACAAAAUUAUGUACAGUUAUACUCUGUACUAUUUUGAGAGUUUUGUCAUUCAUUUUCCAACCAUUUCUUUGUGGAAAUAAACUUUCUGUGAAUUUUAUGUCCUUAGGUCACACGCAUAUUAUACAUGUCUGGGAGAAAGGCUUUAUUUUUCUUCAAUUGUUCCAAAAACCUCCGUUUUUAUUAAGGUGUAUUUUUAUACCAUUCCUAUCAAUUGAAGUUAAUUCUAUCACAGGGCCAUGUCCCAAUUAUUUUAGUUCUUCACAUAAUUUUGAUUAUACCCAUUAUGAUAGACUUGAGCAGCUCAGCUGUGAUUGUUCCUCUACGUUAAGUUCCAAAUACGUUUACUCUGUGUGGUGAGCCAUGUGUGCAAUUUAUUAUCUAGAAUGAGGCCAGAUAUUGUCAUGUUGAAAUAUUCACUGGCUAUCUGUGAAAACAAGGUGUUUGACUUAGGCACCUGUCUAUGUACUCCACUUUGAGGGGAGGUUUUCAUCAAUCUUGAAAAAAAAAAAUCCUAUUCAAGACUAUAAAGGAGUGAGAUGGAAUUG